CGAAAACAUUAGAAAUACGUUGGCAUAAUCAAUUGCCUAUUUAUUCCAUGGAUAUACAGCCUUAUUCCAGUAAUGCUUUAAAGAAGGUUCUGAAUAGCGCUGAGAUUUCCCAACAUCAGACUUAUAGACUGGCGACAGGUGGUGCAGAUCAUCAAGUUAGACUUUGGCUCAUUCAUCCGCAACAAAACAUACGUGAUAGUAACGCGAACACCAUUUUACAGAAUCCACAUCAACCACGAGCAGAAUAUCUAUGUACAUUAUCAAGACACACAAAUCCGGUCAAUGUUGUUAGAUUUUGUCCAAAAGGUGAGACUUUAGCAUCAGCAGGCGAUGAUGGAAACGUGUUACUUUGGAUACCAAGUGAUCAGAAGACAGCAUCAUACGGUGAAUCAUCUUCAGAAGAUUUGCAAUUUGAGAAAGAAUUCUGGCGCGUUAGGAUUAUGGCUAGAUGCGCUCGAGACGCAGAAGUAUACGAUUUAGCGUGGAGUCCAACUGGUGAAUACUUUGUUGCUGGUAGUACAGACAACACAGCUAGAAUAUUCUCUGCAAUCGAUGGUGUUUGUUUACAUCAGAUAACAGAACAUAACCACUAUGUUCAGGGUGUUAGUUGGGACCCUUUUGGUAGUUUAAUCGCAACACAGAGUUCUGAUAGAAGUCUGAACGUUCAUUCCGUUAAAAACUAUGAGAAAGGCGGUCUCAGUGUACAUUCUAUAUCAAAAUUCUCGAAAUCAGACGUACACGCACAUACACCUAAACAACUAACACACAAACGGAGCAGUAGUAGCACAAUGAAUAAUAAUGGAAGGAGGAGACUUAGUGUUGCUAGUGCUACAUCUGAAAAUGAUCACUCACAAUCACUAUCACAAGAACCUGGUUUACAAACUCCUAUGCAACCACCUUCACGCCGUUCAUCAUUAUCCCAACAACAAUCACAAUCUAAUAUACCUUCAAGUGCAGCUUCAUCACCACUAACGCCUGUAAAGAGAAGUCCAAGUCCAUUACCAGCAAUUAAAACACCAUCUAAUAAAUUAAAUGAAAGGAUAAGUUAUGGUGAUGAAGGUUUCACACAAUUCUUUAGAAGAUUGUCAUUCUCACCUGAUGGCUCUAUUUUAGUAACUCCAUCCGCACAAAGCGAUGAUAUACCCAGUGAAGAUGGCAAAAAGAAGAGUAUUGCUAAAUCUUCUGUUUUAAUUUAUGGUCGAAGCAACCUCAAUAACCCACUUGCAGUAUUACCAGGCCAUAAGUCUGCUACUGUUGGUGUACGAUUUAAUCCUAUUCUUUUUAAUCUUCGUCAACGUAGUGAAAAACCUGCAUUUGAUCUACCAUAUAGGAUGAUCUAUGCAGUUGUUAGUAAAGAAAGUAUAAUAAUUUACGACACUCAACAAUUAUCACCAAUUUCUAUCCUUUCUAAUUUACAUUGGGCAGCAUUUACAGAUGUUACAUGGUCUCCUGAUGGACAAUCUUUAAUGCUUGCUAGUUUGGAUGGUUAUUGUUCAAUUAUUGUAUUUGAUCCAGAAGAACUCGGUACACCUUAUAAGGAACAACAACAUCAAUUACAGAUGAGCGCAAUAGCUGAGAAUGUACAGGUAACACCAUCUCAAAGCCAUACAAAUACACACGUUGACAUACAAGCUGAGAAGCAAGUUGAGAAUCAAACUGUAGUCAACCAGCUCCCAGUCAAGAAGAAGAGAAGGGUUGAAUUGACUAGAGUUGAAUAAUUUCUUGUAAUUAGUUAAAACAUGAUGUAGUUGAAACGUUUAAGAGUAC